CACGACGCUAGAGAGGUGUAGUGCAUCACCGUCCUCCCACACCCACGAUAGCUAAAUAGAACAAAAGAUCUUAAGAAAGGUUAUAAUGUAGAAUUAAUUACAAGUGGUAGCGAAUAUAAUUAGAAUAAAUUAAUUAACUGCAAGUCUGUAUUCAGUAUUUUUCAGGUCUUUUGCCCAUGUCAAACUUUGGAGACAUCGUGUAUGUAUAUAAUUUUACUGAAAUUUCCUGUCAUAUAAUGAAGAGAAAAUGCAAACUACAGUGACAUAUCAAAACAUUGAGAAUGACACAUUACAGACGCUUAUCAUGGGCUAUAUGGAAGCCUCGGAUUAUAGUACUUCUGACUACGUUGCUCGUGUGAAGAGAUAAUUAUGUGUAACAGCAUCAGUAAAUCAUAGUGUGGCUAAAACAUACGCAUAAUAAACAAUGACGUUUCUUAAAAGUUGUAAAUAACACGAAAAACAAACAUGAGAGUACAGCUGAUAGUGUAUAUUGUUCAUCAGCCAAACUACAUCCACCCAGUCCCUCCGUCAUAACUUGCUGCCAUUCCUCUCCUGCAGAUGAAGGGAAAGAUAUCUGAAAUCAUCGUUAAGAUGAAGAAUAAGGGCUACGACGUCUUCGGCUCGGAUGACCUCAAGAAGGAGCGACGGCGGCGGAAAGCAGGAGGAAUAUCAACGUCUUCCUCGAGGUUAGACAAGGAUGAUCAAGGCUGGGGAGUCAUGGCGUUCCUGAAGAGGAUAUGUUGCUGCUGCUUCUAUGCUCGUCCCCACCAUCCCCUCCUAGCCUCUUCCUCCUCUCCCGUAGUCACACACAGGAAAAUAUCACGAGUGGCUUCGGCUGAGUCCCUGACGAAGGACAACCUGGAGCUGUGUGAGCGCCCUACCCACGCCUACAUGACCCCACAGGAGAAGUUGAUAGCCGCACGCGCCCUACACCGCCUCCACUCCGACUGCCCUCCCACGCCCACCAAGAACGGUGUCACAAAGCCGGGUAAGCCAUCUAAGCCGCUAACGGCUUCCCAGCUGAGUGGACUACCCCCCAGUCAAACGUCGACAGGUACCACGAAUUCCCAGCUCUCAGUCUCCACUAUGCUGCUCAGUUCCUCCUGUCAGUCCCUAGUGUCCGUCAGUCCCAGGGAAGCCCGUUGCUUGCCUGUCACUCCCUCAGGCAGCCCUCAACCAGACCGUUCUUCACGUACCCACCGCCCUACUCAUCUGUCUCUCUCCACUCAAGCCGCCCGCAGCAGGGGCGGCAACACCCCUUCGGGAGGGUCGUCUGCCAGCACCCCGACCACUCCUCGCAGUCGUGAUGGGAACUGGGGCAUGAUGCGUACUGGCUUCAACACAUUAAUGAAAGCAGUCGUCUCUUCACCUCACCCUCCCCAGUCCUCAGGUUUCCCACAUCCUGUGGAGUCGUGUAGUGAGGAUGAGGACGAGGAGCUGCCUGAAGCUACUUGUAGGCCAGCCACAGGCAACAUCAGCAACCCAGCCAAGGAAUGUUAUGGUUCCAUCACCCUGCAGAUUCGGCGUCAGGGACGAUGGGUACGCGUGGGCGUGUGUGGGCUGGCAGGGCUGCCUUGGGUAGGCGGGUCGGGCGGUCUAAUGCUGGAAGUAAGCGUGGAGCCUGGAGGUCGCACUCGUUGGUUGGUCCUUCCACACGCCCAUGGUCCCAACGUCAAAGUCAAGCUGGAAACGGUGGUGAAGUCCCCACGGGAGAGCAAAAUGAAGAAGAAAGGCUUGGUGAAGGUGUCGGUGUGGGUGUGUGGGCGUGUGUGGAGAUACGCUGCCAUAGGUCAUGCCCUCAUGCUCCUCACUGACCCCUCAGAGGCUCUCAUUUUACCACUUCAUCACCACACACAGUUGACCGAUGAUCUGGGUGUAGUAGAGGUGAGUCUGCGCUGUGAUUACUCUGAUGCCGAGGCAGAACUUCCUGGACAAACACACAGCGAAGUCACUCUCACACUGGAAGUCCUCAGAGCCAAGAUCUUGCGUCUGCACCACCCCAGCGUCCUCUCCAAGGCCAGGAAGAAAGACUCGGCCGAUGUGGUGUGUCGGGUGGCUCUGUGGGUGAAGGGUGAACGCAUCGAGAGAGAAUCCUCCAGCCCUGUACAGAUGCCAGUGACUCACGACCCUGUGUUUAGGUGUCGUUCUGUGUUUAUCCUGCGACGAGACAGUCUGCAACACGCAGCCAUCAUCCUCAAGCUGUUGUACACUUCCAAGUGGGGUGUCGAAGACGGUGUGGGGAAGGUGCAGCUGGGACCUUUGCUCUAUCUGGGAAAUUCUCCUGACAACAGUAAUCACCCACCACCACCUGACUACAACACCUCCAUCACUCUCUCGCACUGGGGCCAGGCACUCAAAACACCUGGAGCCACCACUAUGUGGCACCACUUGCAGCUUUGAGCACACCACUAUGUAGCACCACCUGCAGCUCCUACCACACCAGCCGAUACCACCUGACUCCAUCUCUCUCUCAUAAUGGAGCCAGACACUCAAAACAGCCGGAGCCACUUAAAUAUAGAACCACUUGCAGCUGUGAUAGCUCCUGACUCGACACCUUACAAGCAUUGUUCUGGGAGGAAGCUGACUAAUGCUCCAUUCUCUUAAAAAUGUCAGCUCUAGAUAUAAUAACGAUAAUAACUGCAUUCAUAACUGAUUAAUCAUAAAUAAAUCUACAGAGAUUAACUUCAAUGGAUACAGUAGCUGCAUAAAACUGUAAUCAUUAUUUGAUGUAACUAGCUGAGUGUUAGGUGCUUAGGGAAGGUAACCUAAUGAAAGAAACCAUUCACGGUUACUCCCACCAGGUGACUCUCCAGGACACGAACAUCGUAGAGUCAGUGUUGUUGAUCCACUGAACUCCAGCCUUCCCACGUAACUUUCAAGAGAGUAAACACUGUAGUUUCACACCUUCUAAAACUCUACUCUCGCUAGCAAACUUCCUGGAGAGUCAUGUUCACAGUUCAUUAAUAUUUAUAAUUCCAUUGAGCGUUCACCUUCACAAGAAACUACUGAAUGUCCGGUGUGUCAAUAACCUCCGGGCGCCUCCUUCACCACCUGCCUCCAGCUCAUCCUCACAUUAUUCCAUGUGAUAUAAAUGCUUUACAAAACUGACAAGUUGAAGAAUGAGACACUGUGCAACAUGUGUCUCACUGCACAAAUGUCUCAUUGUUCGUUAUUCCAUGUAUCUUACUUCCGUUCUACUUUUACACACUCAUCAUAAAAGUGUAAGAAACACUGCUAAAAGAGUCAAUAAACCCACAUGGAGACAGUAAAACUAAAGAGAACCCGA